GGAACAAACACUUAGAAACGCUUUUGCAGUGCACAUAAAACAAAUUCUCGAUGCCUUGUUCACACAGUAAACCCGCGAUUCAUAACUUGCCUAUUGCUCAGUUGAUGAUUGUUUCCGAAUGCAACUGAGUUCUACCAUAUACCCAACCAAUAUGAAUCACUACAUCAUUCCCGUACCACAGAAUGACCCGCGACUUUUCUCCAAUGUUUCCCAUGCAUUCUCGUUAGUUGAUUUGGGAAAGCGUCUUCUAGAGGCAGCUAAAAAUGGAGAUGUUGAAGAAGUGAAAAACCUUAUGAGCAGUGGCGCUCCAUUCACAACGGACUGGCUCGGAAUAUCCCCUUUGCAUUUUGCCGCAAUGAACGGACAUUUGAGUUCUUGUGAGGCACUGCUGAGCGCCGGGAUCAGCCGCGAUGCGCGAACGAAGGUCGAUCGGACGCCGCUCCACCUCGCUGCUCAAGAAGGUCACGCAGACAUUGUGGAAUUGUUGCUGCGUAACGGUGCAGAAAUCGAGGCCAAAGACAUGCUUCGUAUGACGGCUUUACACUGGGCCGCAGAGCGUGGGCAUACUCCGGUUGUUCAGAUGCUUAUGCGUUUCGGAGCCGAUUGUCGGACGCAAAAUAAAUUUGAGCUCACCCCGAUAGACAUCGCGGAGACCAAGGGCCACACUGAUGCUCGCGAUGCCAUGCUGAAUACAAACUACGACAUGGUUUCAUCUGUUGGUCGCAUGGCUGCAACCAACGGCGAUCUGGCAAAUGCAAAUGCAUAUAUUCUGACUGAUGAAGAGACCUUGGUACCGGCUGCUCCGCCAGCGGACGAAGUUAUUGUGACUGCAACAACAGUGGAUGAGCUCGAAGAGACUGGCAAUUCGAGAGAAUCAGCCUCCACUGCACCAGGCGCAGAUAGAUCAGCUACCGGAAGUAUUAAACCGGACCCAGACUCUUCGCUGUCCGACCCACUGGCUUCCGCGAAGUCCGACUGGGAUCGACAACCGGAAGUGGACUGCACGGUCGACUUGGAACUGGCUGUACAAGAUAGUGGCAUGUUGGAUGACGAGGCUGAGAACGAUCCAUUUCACGACAAUCCUUCUGUUCGCUCCCACUUCAGUGACGAUGCGGUACCAUCGAAAAACGAUGAAACGGCUGGCCGCGAUGUGAUGUUGGUCGAAACCCCAGACGGCGAUAUGCUCUAUGUUCGACAACUGAAUAACACUUUCGGCCCUGAGGGAAUAGCGAUUUUCACCAGCACAGGAGAACAGGUCCACAGCUCAUCACUAAUGGCCCAAGUUAUCGAAGCGCUGUUUGACCUGCCCAAGGGAUCGGCGUCCAAUGGAACGGUGUCAGACGAUCUUCGCACAUCCUCACCCAGUCGAUCACCUACUGCAAUAAGGAGUCCUACACGCCCCAUGGUUCACCGUGCGAAUGGCUCAGCUAAACGCUAUAGCCCACGUCUCAUCCCUUCUGUCAGUGGAGGAAAACGCCCAAAACCUGAUAGGGCUACGAAGCAUUCUGCACAUGCUCCCUUGCGCCACACCUCGCCGAGGUCUGUCAGGGCUGCUACUGAGGAAGAUGAGGACUGUGCUGUUAUCACUCAAUUGGCAUUAUUCGCAGAGGGAAAACAGGAGGGAGAAAACUCGUCCUUUCGUGUGGAAGGCAUCGGUCUUUCAGCUUCCAUUCAGGAAAUCUGUAACUGGUGCCUAUACAAUGGGAUCUUUGUACAGAGCUUCGCUUCCGGUCCGGACUUUGUUGUAGAGCUCAUCCACCAAGGAAAAACCCACAUCCUGGACGCCAGUUAUGACCCCGAAACCGGUACCAUCACGUUCCACCGACCAACAGGCGUUUCGACGGCAGAUGAUUGACUGCGAACGACAGCACCUUGCCCCAUCGUGUGAUUCCCGUGUAUCUAAUCCCCUCUUGUCUAUAUUGCAUUUUUUCAGUAAGAUCAAAAAACCCCUUUCAUUGAAUUAACAAUGAAUAUUUGAUGAAAGGCAAAUUGGGGAUAGGAUUCUAAAUGCAAUUGAAAUAGUUAAAUCGGGUGAUCAAAGAUCAGAAAAAUCUAUGGGUGCUAACAAAAUACGGGAUAUCACAAUUUGUGGUAAAGGUAAUUGCACGGUCCAAUGUGUGAAAAUAAGAGCAUUUUCCCCGGGUCGUCCAGGUGUGGACCGACAGGAUUGCACAAAUCGUUGCUGAAAAAGUUGGCGGAGCUGCCGCACAAUCAGCGACUGGAGGCUUAGCGGGACUUCCGAUCUGUUUGCCGCGAAUCGAAUGCUGAAAAUGGGCAAAAAUAUAUGAGUUGGGCUUAUAACACGUAAAGACGAUUAAAUUCAUCGGUUGUAAACACUUGGCCGGUCUGCUUAACCUGGGAAAACUCAAUGACCUAAUCGUGAGCCGAUUAUUUCCACUGUGCAUUCUACCGGACAGCAUAUUGUUUUGAAUUACCAACGGGACCAAACAAGAUGCUCGCCGUUCGGGCUAAAAAGUACGGUU